AUGAGCUUGAUUAAAGCUUGCGCAAGAUCAAUCAACCUCGUGCGACGAAACCCCCCGCUCUGCAACGCGUCCCUUAGACCCAGCCCGCUCGGCUUAUCACUUCACCCCACCUUCCGACGCACGAUGGCCUCCGCAAUGGCAAAGCGCCUUGAGGGCAAGACAAUUGUUGUGACCGGAGCUUCGUCUGGAAUUGGCAAGAGCACCGCCAAGGAAUUCGCCCGCACUUCGCCCAAGAAUCUGAAGCUGAUUCUGACCGCGCGCCGCAUUGAUGCUCUCAAGGCGCUUGCCGAGGAGAUCAAGGCCGAGGUCGGCGAUGGCGUCAAGGUCCUGCCUUAUCAGCUGGACGUGAGCAAGCCGGAGCAAAUUAACAACUUCGUACCAUCAUUACCCGAAGAAUUCAAGGAAAUUGAUAUUCUUGUCAACAAUGCUGGACUCGUCAAGGGCGUUGCACAGGCUCCUGAUAUUAAGGCCGAGGACAUGAGUAUCAUGUUCGAUACCAACGUCACCGGUCUCAUUAACAUGACGCAGGCCAUCCUCCCCAUCUUCAAGAAGAGAUCCGAGGGUGGUCGUGGUGACAUUAUCAACAUUGGCAGUAUUGCUGGCCGUGAGCCUUAUGCCGGUGGCGGCAUUUACUGUGCGACCAAGGCCGCCGUCCGCUCUUUCACCGAGUCCCUUCGAAAGGAAUUGGUUGCUUCCCGCAUUCGGAUCAUUGAGAUUGACCCCGGCCAGGUCGAGACUGAAUUUUCCGUUGUGCGAUUCUAUGGCGAUAAGGCCAAGGCGGAUGCGGUUUACAAGGGAGUUGAGCCUCUGACCGGUGAUGACAUUGCUGAGAUCAUUGUAUUCGCCGCGGGUCGCCGCGAGAAUGUUGUGAUCGCUGACACGCUUGUUUUCCCAAGCCACCAGGCUUCUGCCGGUGUCAUGCACCGCAAGUCAUAG